GUAUUCAGCGGAGCCUCACGAGAAUCUCCCAGAUGGCGGGAAUGCGCAAACCUUGCCAAAAAUGCUUUCCCGGAAGUCGUUGGUCGUCUGUUUGUUGAGGAAGCGUUUGGUGAAGACGAACAAAAAGAUGUUCUAGAAUUGGUUGAAAAUCUUAGGACGGCAUUUUUAAGUAUGGUCGACGACAGCACGUGGUUAGAUGAAGUCACAAAACAAACUGCAAAAGAGAAGGCGGAAUCUAUGGAAACACUGAUUGGUUAUCCAGCAAUUACUUUCAACGACGUUGCUCUGGAGACGUAUUAUGAGAACGCAACUGUGGACAACGGAGACCCGUUUGGAACAAAAGUAAGCAUUGACAAGGCCAGCAAUGUUCGUGUGCUGCAAAGACUUCGCCAACCAUAUGAUAGAGCAAGAUGGUAUGACUCGGCUGCAUCUGUCAAUGCGUUCAACAUGUUCCUCACCAAUCAGAUGGUUUAUCCAGCAGCCAUUCUCCAACCACCAUAUUACUCGUACGACCAACCAGAGUACUUGAAUUAUGGUGGAAUAGGUAAUGUUAUAGGACAUGAAAUAACACACGGGUUUGAUGAUGCAGGUCGACAUUUUGAUAAAAAUGGACAAUUAGUUGACUGGUGGACGACUUAUGAUGAAACAGAAUUUAACAAGCGCAAACAGUGCCUGGUUGAUCAAUACAAUAAUUUUACAGUUUCUGGUACGGACGGAAUGAAGAUUAAUGGAGAACUUACGGCUGGAGAAAAUAUUGCAGAUAAUGGCGGAAGCAAAGAAAGCUUUAAGGCAUAUCGUAAUUGGGUAAGAAGAAGCCGGCAAGGUGUAGAAGAGCAGAAACUACCUGGGUUAGAUUAUUCACCUAACCAAUUAUUUUUUCUGAAUGAAGCGCAGAUUUGGUGUGGUGACAUGAGGAAUGAACAAAAAAUUAAACAAAUUCAUACGGACCCUCACAGUUAUUUCAUGUUCAGAGUGGUAGGACCUCUACAAAAUUCAGUGGAGUUUUCGAAAGCCUGGAAUUGCCCGAUCGGUUCUUACAUGAAUCCCCCGGACAAAUGUUCGGUUUGGUAGACCACAACUGAGAUAAGGAGUUAUUCUGAUACAUUGAGACGUGUACAAACGAAUGAUGCUAUCCUCGUAUUAACCGCUACCUUGUUUUAUGUACCUGUAUUUGCGUUCUAUUAAUUCCAAAUAAAGGAAAACAAAUAAUAUUUUUCUCAUUGAAGUAUGACUUUUUUAGAAUUAGAGGUUUUGUUGGCCAAAUAUCAAAUAGUUUUAUGAUAAACAUUUAUACCUAUUUUCUUUUUGUAUUUUUUAUACCGCAGUGUAAUAAAAUAUUCGAUCUCAUAUUCAUGUAUGUACAUG